GCCUCACCGGAGCCAGUCUUGCCGCAUUCCGUGUCCCGUGACCUUCUACAGCGUCCUUAUGAACCCAAUGACUUUCAAUCUCAGCUGCAAUCCCACCGAUUGGAGCCUUAUCGUGUAAGCUCUAGACCCAUAUUCAGCCAGGCGGAGCCAAGCCGAAUUCUAGAAUGCAGUGACAAGCCCGGACAGAUGUUCAGCCAGCCGAGCUGGGGCAUGCAUCCACAGCAUUCACCAUCACAACUGCUCUCCAGCUUGGAGAGUGUUCACAGACAGGCAGACAGCCUGAAAGCCUACAGAGAGGGUUAUUUAUUUCCUGCUGAACUGCAUUUUCUACUCCGCCCGGGUCCCAGCAACACCUGCAACAGAUUCCUAAACAUUGUAAUACCGCCAGAAAUGUUCCACUUUGAUGGAAGAAUUAGAGGAGAUCUGCUGGAAAAUGUGUUGUGUGGUUUGGCUGUAACGCGUUUACACUAG